CUGUCAAGAUGUGUCAUGUCCGCCGCACUUCGUUGCGUGUAUUUGGAUUUUCGUUCGUCUAAUCUUCUAUUAGUGUGAAGUUGUUCAGGUUAAAAAGUGUAUACAAAUAAUCUGAAUUUAGCACUUGGUCGUCACCGAGGAAUGAUUAGAUUAUGUUUACAAAAUAGUGAUUAAACUUUUAUGAUUUAGGGUUUAAGAAUAAUUGCAUCUAGAUAAUGGGCGACCUAUUGUUAAAAUGUCCCUUAUGUUGUAGCGAGGUAUUUAAUUCUCGAGAAUUGUUAGUUCAUCACUUGUCUAAAGUUUGGCUUAAUUUGCGCUGUCCAGUUUGCAAUGAUGAAUGUUCCUCAAUAUCACAUAUGAUAGAUCAUUUAAAUCAAGAUAAUUGUGUACCAAAGCCUAAGUCUGAGGUGGUGAUCCCAAACCCUAUAGUUCCGGCGGCAAUCCAUAAUAUUGCUGAAGAGACUCCAACUCUAGAACAUCACAAUGUGGCAGAAAACCAAGCAGAUCAGAUGUUAAAUCAAACCCAAGAUGUGUCAGAUGUCAGUAGAAUGUAUGUAGAACUACUGAGCAAGCAGCUAGCCAAGCCCUGCCUUCAGACCCAGGAGCUGAAGCUAGUCAAGGAAGAUGGUGAGAGCCGGUAUGUCAUAGUCACGCAGGAGGAAUCCAUCUUGAAGUCCGGGAGCACGGUAUUCACUAAGCAAAACAGUGACGGGACUAUAUCAUUGACUACAGUUAAAGAUAUGAAGUUAGAGACGGACCCCGUGGAUCCACUUAUGCCCGAGAAUGAACCAGAGGAGACCCAGGAGAUCUACAGCUGUAACACAUGUGGGGUCUCCUUUUCAUCUGUAAUAGAUCACAUACAGAACUACCACAAUGACCAGGAAGUUGUAGUUGAGGAGUCUCUAGAUAGCUGCCAGUUACCCAUGGACUAUGAACAAAUGAACGGUGAAGACGUAACAACUGGGGAGCUGCAACAAUCGCGGCGCGUCAUCACGGACACGGGAGAUAUUGUGGAAGCGCCUGUGCUGCUGAAUGCUACUUUAGAGGACAAUCAAUUGACAAUCGAACCUUUGAACACUCUAGUUGAAAGGAAGCCAAAGCCGCCGCGGCCCGUAGCCACGGUGGAGAAAAAACAAGUGCAAGUUGACAGUGUUGUUACUGACUUGAAGAACAAGGAAGAUGUUAAAAAAGGUCCAUACCACAAGGUGGUAGUGAAAGAGAUGCAAAUGCUUGAGGGCGGCAACAAAGUUAAAGUGUACAACUGUAUGACUUGUAAUAUCUAUGUCACCACGUUGGACGAGUUUAAGUUACAACCCUGUAAACCUCAAAAAUUCCAAUGUCCACACUGCUCUGUUGCAUAUGAAAAUUCUAAGUCAUUAAGUGCUCAUAUGAAAAUCCACAAAGCUCAUGCUGAAGACGCGGACUCAACAGGGCCGUUCAAAUGUGAUAUUUGUUCAACCGUGUUUCCCAGUAACAAAUCAUUAAAGUUGCACAAACGUAUGCAUGAUCCAGUCAAAGCACGGCCAAUAGAGCUACCAGUAGAAUCCGAAGGCACAGAAACCAGCAACGACAAAUACAUCUGCUCGAUAUGCGACAAAUUAAUCCCCACCGACUACCGCGCCGUACACCACAACUCGCACAGCACCGAUAACAAGUACAACUGCGAUAUAUGCAACCGCAAGUUCCACUCCAGCGAGUACCUCGAAAUGCACAUGAGCGUGCACAACUUAGAUAAGGUCCCAGUGAACAAGCAAGAUAAAUCCCUUCCGUACAACUGCAUGUAUUGCACUAGGCAGUUCGCGCGGCCGCACGAAAAGGUCAAGCAUGAGAGGAUACAUACAGGCGAGAAACCACACUCGUGUGAAAUCUGCGGCAAAUCGUUCCGGGUGUCAUAUUGUCUAACACUACACAUGCGUACACACACCGGCGCGCGGCCCUACGCCUGUCCACAUUGCAACAAGAGGUUUAAAGCGCACAGUGUAUACAACCACCACCUACUAACACAUUCGGAAGUGCGCGCGUACAAAUGCCCGUACUGUCCGAAGGCGUUCAAGACCAGCGUGCAACUCGCAGGGCACAAGAACUCGCACACCAAGCCCUUCUCCUGCACACACUGUAACAGGCCUUUCGCAUCAUUAUACGCGGUACGAGCUCACACAGAAACGCAUGCGCGGCAGAACAACCUCAAGUUCGCGUGCACGUUGUGUGGGGCGAGCUACGCGCGAACAUUCGCGCUCAAGGACCACAUCAAACAAGUCCACAACAAGGAGUUGGACGCUGUCAAUAAAACGACGGUGGAUCUCAAAGAGGAGGGAUGGAUAUUGUCGGAGGGCGACGCCGACACUGUGCAGGUGUCUCUCGACAAAACUGUGCCAAAUGAGAUAAAUCAACUGGUAGAAGCAGAGUCUGUGAUGAUUUAUGGAAGCCAUAAGUGAAAUAAGUACUAUAAGAUAAUUAAAACUUAUAAAACAUUCUUUUAAAAUGGUCGAAGUGACCUCGUUUUGAUGUUUUAUAUUUUUUGUAUAGGUACAUUAGGUACAUACGCGUUACCUAAGGCAAUAAUCAUAAUCACCAAUUAUUUUUAUAUAAAAUUUUGAUCAACUGUAUAAAAUAAAUCAAAUUGUAAACACCAUUUUUACGCAUAUUUUUGUACAGUGAUUUUGUUUAGGAAAGUAUCACAUUUGUUAAAGGGAUUAUUGUAUCUAAUGAGCUAAUUAAGAACAAAGGAUUAUUAUCAGUGGUAUUGUCCUGGUAAUUUCAGUGGCCGCCAGCUGCGGCAACCGCGUGGGCUUUUACUAGACCUCCUACAGUUUAUAAUUUUAUAAUCUCUUUUGCUUACUGAUUUGCGUGUCGUUGUGGCGUGGCGUGGUUUUAUUUUAUUACUGGUGCUACUUGCGAUUUCUAGAGA